CAAGAUCCCAGCGCAUCCUCGUAUCGACAUGAGGCGAUUGCUACCAGGCUUCACUCUCUUGAUGGUGCUAGCUUCCAGCCAGCUCACUUCGGCCGCCCAAUUACCGGCAUUUUCCGGAGCCGGAAUGCCUACCGUCCAGUCCUUGAAGGCAAAAUGCGGACGGCUGGGGAUGACAGUGAACGUGGUCUUCGACCAGGCGUUCCCGGGCAUCAUUUACUCGAAGGGCCACUACGCCGACAAGCGAUGCAAUUACGUUGGAGAAGACAACAAGUUUGGAGCCAAGGAGUUCUCGUUUCUGAUUCCUGUUGACGAUUGCGGGACUGCGGGAGAGAUGGCGAGCGGUCGCUCAACUAAAGAUGGCUUUUACGAGAACACAAUCAUAAUACAGCUGGACCCGCUGAUCACGGAGGUGUGGGACGAGGCCCGCCUCUUGAGGUGCUCGUGGCCCCACAGCCUCACGAAGAAGGUGGCGGCCGCGCCCUUCUUCGUGGCCCAGUCUGAUAAGGUCUCAGUAGAGUUCGACAAGCGUUCCAUCAACACACUCAUGGAGGUGCAGCAAGGCCCCAGCCCUCUCGCCGCCCCAGCCUCAGGUUAUAUUUACGCCGGUGCUGAGUCCUCCAUGGUCAUCUACAUCCAGGAUCCCGGAAAGAAUAUGGACGCGAAUGUGGUGAACUGCAGCGCCUCAAACAGAGGCAAAUCUUCCGUGCAACUGCUGGACGAGUCAGGCUGUCUCCUCAGACCUGAUCUCAUGACUCGCUUCGACAAGUCCAGAGACAGCAACGGCGUUAGAGCUGAUCUGAUGCUCUACUCUUAUCUCAAGGAUUUUGAUGCAAGCAAAGCAGCUGAUUUUGUAAUCCGUUGCGAGCUUGAGCUCUGCAAGGGAGGGUGUUCACUGCCAUGCUUGGAGGCCAAAACUCGCAAGAGGAGAAACGUCCGAGGCGACGCUUCUGACCUCGCGUCACCGCAUGAGGGGGCGUUCUCUCACGAAUCUGUUGGAGGUCUCAUCGAGCUAAAAGAAACUUUACGUCAUGGCAUGAACGCUGAAGAAGGAGCAUUCUUGGUCAUCAAAAGAGAAAAUCAAGAAGGAAUUAAGUCUGGAUGCAGCUUAUCUUGGAGUGUGUUCGUGUCGUUGCUGGCUCUGCUGCUCAUCAUUGCGGCGCUGGCUCUACUCUCAUGUUAUUUGGCUGUUAAACUCAUAAAAGGAGGGAAAUUUUAUAGUACAUAAGAAAGUGAUUAUCCCUAUGAUUGCAAUUUAUUUGGGUCCCCAUUGAGAUGCUCUCAUACCGGUUUGCGUGCCCUGCAGCAUGUGCGUCAGGGUGAUGCAGAUGAUUGGGGGGAGACUUCUCAACCACGCUAAAAGAACUUUGGCUUCAGCGUUUAUUAGGCUGUAGGCCUGUCAUCGCCUCUUAACAUCGCAGAGCAUUCACAGCUCCCUGCGGUCUCGAACUGAACUGUAACCACUGGGACACCCUCUAUGGGACUAUUCUCUGGGUCCAAAUAUAUUGGCACUCUUAAUGGUGACUAUAUAACAUUUUCGGAAUUAUUAAGUAAAUCUGCAUAAAGAUAACACACAUGCGACGAAGCUUAAAGUUUGUUUAAUAAAGCCAAUCCACUUCAAGACAAUCAUAUUCCUAAUGGCUCAUACCAAAUUUGUUGGAGACAAAGAUUCGUGUGUCAUUUGCAGAAUAUUGUAAAAAAAUGUUCGUUUCCACCACCAGUUUCUCAUGACCUGAGACAAAAUGUUUGUUGUAUGAUUUUUUUUCUAUUAACAUUUUAGUUAGCAAUUUAGAAAUAGGUGACAUUAUAGCGAAUUUUUUUGAACUACAUAAAACCCUACGAAUUAGCUUUAAUGUUGCUUUUAUUGCUACGGCUAAAGUCUUGUUUGUACAUAUGUGUUGUCUGAGUAGCAAAUGGCAAUCAACUAAAUUAUCCUCGUUUAUGUGAUUUACGCUAAAGUAAAAUGGCAGAUAAACUUUGUCUUACCGGA